AUGGCCACCAUCAACGGUAGCUUCCACAACCAGGAUCAGUACAAGACGUCUGAGACCUACACUUCGACGAGCGAGGCUACCGAGCAGACCCAAACAAACAGCGUCAACCAUGACCUGAGCAAGGAUGAAGUAGGCUGGUAUUUCGUCGAGCAGUACUACACGACGCUGAGCAAGAACCCUGAUAAGCUUCAUCUCUUCUAUGGCAAGCCCUCUCAGUUCGUCUUCGGCGAGGAGGCCGAAGUCGCCAACAUCUCCGUCGGCCGUCCUGCUAUCAAGGAUCGUCUCAAGGACCUCGAUUUCCAGGAAUGCAAGGUUCGCGUCUCCAACGUUGACGCACUCGCCUCCUCCCACGAUACCAUUCUCAUUCAGGUUAUCGGUGAGACCUCGAACAAGAAGUCCGAGGAGCCCAGGAAAUUCGUCCAGACCUUUGUUCUCGCCAAGCAGCCUUCCGGAUACUUCGUUUUGAACGACAUCUGGAGGUAUAUCAGCGAUGAUGAGGAGGAGCCCGCCGCCGAGGCUACCCAGGAAGAGGUGAAGGCGGCUGAGCAGCCCGCUCCCACUGAGGCCCCCGUUGCCGCCGAGGCUGCCCCUGAGGAACCCGCCGCCGAAUCCGAGUCGUCGGAUGAAGAGACUGUUGAGGAGGCCCCAGCUCUUGAGGCCGAGACUGUAGACAAGAAGCUUGAGGAGGUUGCCAAGGCCGAAUCCACCGCCGAUACCGCCGAGGAGACUCCUGCUGAGACCUCUGAGGCCCAGGCCGCCAAGUCGGAAACCUCCGAGGCCGCCGCUAGCCGCGACAACGCCUCCACCGAGGUGGCUGAGGAGGCCGUCAAGGCCCCCGAGAAGCCCAAGGAGCCCGCUCCUACUCCCGCCGUCCCUGUAACCAAGGCUGCUCCUGCCGCUACCCCGGCUGCUGCCCCGGCCCCUGCUGCUGCCCAGCCCGAGAAGCCUGCUGGCCCUCCCAAGCCCAUGACCUGGGCUAGCCGCAUCGCUGCCGCCGCCGGUCCCGCCCGACCUGCCCCGGCGCUGCCUAAGCCUGCCGCCCCUGCCGCCGCAGCCCAGCCCAAGACUGCCGCUGCUGCCGCCGCCCCUAAGGCCGCCACUCCUGCUGCCCCUGCCCCUGCCGCCCAGCGUGCCGAACCCGCCGCUGCUGCCCAGGACUCCGCCUCGUCUGGAAGCGAGUGGCAGACCGCCGGUAGCGACUCCAAGAGGCAGAACAGGCCCCAGUCGAUCAUUGCCCAGGCCGAGGAUAAGGGCACCCUCGGCUACGUCAAGUAUGUGACGGAAAAGGUCCAGGAUGCUGACCUCAAGAACGCGCUCGCUCAGUAUGGUGCCCUCACCUACUUCGAUAUCAACCGUGACAAGAACUGCGCCUUUGUCGAAUUCGCCUCCCCGACGGCUAUAAGGCCGCCGUCGCCGCCAACCCCCAUGUCGUCAACGGCGAGAACAUCGUUGUUGAGCAGCGCAGGCCCAAGUCGACCGCCUACGGUGGAGCCCAGUACUCUUCAGGCCGUGGUGGUGCGUCUGGCCGAGGUCGCGGCCGCUAUGAUGGCACCCGCUCCGGCAGCCAAGGAGGCCCCAAGGCUCCCUUUGGCUCUCAGACCAGGGGCCGCGGUGGUGCCGCCGCUCGCGGCAAGGGACCCGCGCCGACCAACGCUUAAACCAGUCAAUACCUACUCGGGUUUCCGCUUCAAUAUCUUGUUGCAGGGAAACCGGUAG